AUGGCUGAGCCCAUCAAGAACAAGCGGCCUGAAAUCGCCGUGGCCCCUACCCCCCAGAACACCCCCGCCAACAAUGCUCCCAUCUCAUCGCACGCCCAGCAACCCGGCGUUGAUAGCAUCAAGGAGGAGGACCUGGACCGUGCCGCGGCUGCCUCUAUCUUCGCGCAGAACCCAAAGCUCGUUCAGAUGAUCCAAGGCCGUCUCGGCAGUCUCGUUGGCCGCUCAUCCGGUUACAUCGAGUCCUUACCCACCCAGGUCAAGAAGCGCGUCGCCGGCCUGAAGGGUAUCCAGAAGGAGCAUUCCAAGCUCGAGGCCGAGUUCCAGGAGGAGGUCCUCCAGCUGGAGAAGAAGUACUUCGCGAAGUUCACCCCGCUGUACGAGAAGCGUGCCGCCGUCGUCAAUGGCACCACUGAGCCCACAGAGCAGGAGAUUGAGGCCGGCGAGGAAGACGACGAGGAGGAUGAGGACGAGGAGACCACCGGCGCUGCUGACAAGGCCGAGAAGCCCGCCGAGUCCAAUGAGGCUGUCAAGGGUAUCCCCGAGUUCUGGCUGUCCGCCAUGAAGAACCAGAUCUCCCUCGCUGAGAUGAUCACCGACCGUGACGAGGGUGCCCUGAAGCAUCUGACGGACAUCCGCAUGGAGUACCUGGAUAAGCCUGGCUUCCGCCUGAUCUUCGAGUUCGACGAGAACGAGUACUUCACAAACAAGACCAUCACCAAGACCUACUUCUACCAGAACGAGUCCGGCUACGGUGGCGACUUCAUCUACGACCACGCCGAGGGCGACAAGAUUAACUGGAAGGAGGGUAAGGACCUCACAGUAAGGGUCGAGCAAAAGAAGCAGCGCAACAAGAACACAAAACAGACGCGUAUCGUCAAGAAGACCGUUCCCACCGAGUCUUUCUUCAACUUCUUCUCCCCGCCCAACGCACCAAGCGAGGAGGACGAUGACGCCGCCUCUGACAUUGAGGAGCGCCUCGAGCUCGACUACCAGCUCGGUGAGGACAUCAAGGAGAAGCUGAUCCCCCGCGCCAUCGACUGGUUCACCGGGGAGGCCCUCGCCUUCGAGGAGAUGGAUGAGGAGGACUUCGACGAGGAGGACUUCGAGGAUGACGACGACGAGGACGACCUCAGCGAGGACCGUGACGAGGACGAGGAGUCCGACGAGGAUGACGAUGACGGAUCAAAGCCCAAACAGGAGGCAGCGGAGUGCAAGCAGAGCUAA